GCGUGCGGCUGGUGCGAAGAACGUCUGCGGGAUCGGGACAGUCCUGGCUAUGUGGCGUGGAGCGAAUGAAGUGACACGUUGUAACUCGGAGGGACGUGUGGAAUGUGCUGGGUGGAGGAGGAAAAAGGGCCGGAGGAAAGGGGUGUGUAAAGCGAUGAGAACGUCAGAGUGUGCCUGGGCGCUGGGGCGUGCACAGCGCCGCUGGUGGGCUAGGCUGACGGUCAUUCCUUCGUGAACCUCCCUUGAGCGCUCUCGGUGACACCGAUCCACCAGACCAGCACCCGCGCUCGAGAAGCUGCAGGGACUUCAAGAAAUGGCAGAUGAAGAUAAAACAAUGUCUGCCAACCUGAAAUACCUUUCCUUGGGAAUUUUGGUCUUUCAGACUACCAGUUUGGUUCUAACGAUGCGUUAUUCUAGGACUUUAAAAGAAGAGGGACCCCGUUAUCUGUCUUCUACAGCAGUGGUUGUUGCUGAACUUUUGAAGAUAAUGGCCUGCAUCUUAUUAGUCUACAAAGACAGCAAAUGUAGUCUAAGAUCACUGAAUCGAAUACUACAUGAUGAAAUUCUUAAUAAACCUAUGGAAACGCUUAAACUUGCUAUUCCAUCGGGGAUAUAUACUCUUCAGAAUAAUUUGCUCUAUGUGGCAUUGUCAAAUCUAGAUGCAGCUACUUAUCAGGUCACGUAUCAGUUGAAAAUUCUUACGACGGCACUAUUUUCUGUGUCUAUGCUUAGUAAAAAAUUAGGUGUGUACCAGUGGCUCUCCCUAGUAAUUUUGAUGACAGGAGUUGCUUUUGUACAGUGGCCUUCAGACUCCCAGGAGCUUGAUUCUAAGGAACUUUCAGCUGGCUCCCAGUUUGUAGGCCUCAUGGCAGUUCUCACAGCAUGUUUUUCAAGUGGCUUUGCUGGGGUUUACUUUGAGAAAAUCUUAAAAGAAACCAAACAAUCUGUGUGGAUAAGAAACAUUCAACUUGGUUUCUUUGGGAGUAUAUUUGGAUUAAUGGGUGUAUACAUUUAUGAUGGAGAAUUGGUAUCAAAGAAUGGAUUUUUUCAGGGAUAUAACCGACUGACAUGGAUAGUUGUUAUUCUUCAGGCACUUGGAGGCCUUGUAAUAGCUGCUGUUAUAAAGUAUGCGGAUAAUAUUUUAAAAGGAUUUGCAACCUCUUUAUCCAUAAUAUUAUCAACACUGAUAUCCUAUUUUUGGCUACAAGAUUUUGUGCCAACCAGUGUCUUUUUCCUUGGAGCCAUCCUUGUAAUAGCAGCUACUUUCCUAUAUGGUUAUGAUCCCAAACCUGCAGGAAAUCCCACUAAAGCAUAGUCGAAUACUGUCUUUAACUGGUUUUCACAAUGGUGCACUAGGAAUGUCGAUGUUAAACUUACACAGAAGACUUCUACAAAUUCUAAGAAGGUAUCAUGCUGAAUCUGAUCAUAUCGUUCAAAUGGUUUGAAAAUAUAAAGUUUAAGGAUAAAAUAUGUAUAUAUGUAACAAAAUACCUAUUGCAUCUUAGAAAUCAAAACUUGAAAGUAUUUCUAGGUAUUAGAAUUAUUGGAGGAAACUUGAAAUCUGAGUUUAAGAAGAUUUUACCUUUUUGACUGCUGCAGAAAUGUCCUAUGCAGUCUUUAUAACAGCACACACACAACAAAUGUCAGAUACCAAUUUCUGCAAAUUAGAUCUAUUUAAUCUUAUUAAAUGUUUUUUAAUCUUACUCUUUCUGUACAGAUAGAUCAAAUCACAUGGAAUAUUCAAAGUUUGAAAAUUAUUAUUACCUGUAAAGCUAUGAAGAAAUACAAGUUUGAUCUGAAAAACAUUUUCACUUAUCUGAGAUUUUUAUAUUUAUACAAAAGAUUACUAAAUAAAGAAUUGCUAAAUAUUAUUUGUUCAACUAUAUAAAAAUUGAUAAAGUAACAUUUUGGGUCUGAUUUGUCAGAGAACAAAAUUCAUAUUUAAAUUUCAUGUAGAGAAUACACACAUCUGUUUCUCCAUCUCCAUUUUAAGAUCUUUUAAGUGUUCCGAAACUGCCAAAAGCAGUCCCGUGGCUCCUGUGCUAGAUAGUAGCCAAUGACUUUUACACUAAUGGAGUUUGUCCUUAACCUCUUAUUUCCAAAUCUUUUCUGUAAACCAGAUAAAUCCUUAGUAUUACUUUAAGUUAAAUUUCUGUGUGUGUUAAUUUCCAUUAAAUUAAUAUGUAAUUUAAAGGUAUUAAAUACUCCUUUAAUAAUUUAAAAUAAAAUUAUUAUUGUCUAAUAUCUCCAUUUGGAGAAUUUUGAACUAUCAAAGCAUGUACUGUGCACACGUAGAAUGUUUUCAAAUGAGUAUUUCACUCAUUGAUCUGUAAAAACUUCCUUUAAUCUAUAACUGUUGACAAAACCACCAAAAAAAAAAAAAUAGUAGUCAAUGAAAAAAAAAAUUCAUUGACAUCUGAUGUCAAUGAAUUGAGACCAAAAUGACUUUUCUUGGAGACAUUCCAGGUUGCCAUGAUAUUACCUUAUUUUACACUUGAUCUUAGCCAAAAGACCGAGAAGCGAAUAUAUUACCUUAUUUUAAAAGGCACUAAAACUAUAAAUGCAAGGCUGUUCAGAACUUCAUAGGCCUCUCAUAAACCCACUGUCCCCGCGAUCACAUGUCUGGGAGAAGUCGCUGAGUUCCAGGUUCCCUUUCUGUGGCCCUGCAAAGGUUGCUGGGAAGGAGCCACCACUUGGAUUAAAAAUAGUGGUUUCUUUCCCAUUUUCAUUAGCGCUGGAGUUGAAGUUUUACAAAUUUACAAAUUACAUGAGUUAUUUAAUAAAUUGGUUCAAGAGAGAGAGAAUACAGCAGAAAUGAUAAGAUGAAUUGGUGGUCAAAAAUACUUUCUAAAAUUGGAAUGUGGGUUUAAUUUAAUUUUUGGCUAGACAGAAUUACCUAUUGAGUAUAAGAAGUAUUUUAUUUUUUCAUUCAUACUUUAUUUUUAAGUCUGUUCUACUGCUAUAAAAACUGUAAAAACUAAAUAUUUUUAUAUUGUUCUAAUGGAUUUUGUUGAACAGAAUUUGGCCCAAAAACACUACUUUACAAACUUGAAUACUCUUGGCUAAUUAGGAUUGGCUGUGUUACUUUGCUGAUUCAAACCUCAUCUCUACAGGACACAGGCCUAGUUUAUUUCAUCCAGACUUUAAAUGUGUUUAAAAUUACAAAGUAUUUUAAAUCAUUUUGCUGGUAAUUCCAAAUUGGCACUAAACAAACUUUCUGGAAGCCUGACUUAAUGAGUUUCAAUAACCAAGUAAAAAUACCUUUCGGAGUAUUUGUUUAAUAACUGUACCACAUUUCAAGCAUGGUGUUUUUAGACUGUAACAACAUUCAGACUUACAUCUUACUACCUACACUUAAGUGAAAUCUAAAUCCAGCAAAUACACAGAAUUCAAGACUAAAUAUAAAGAUUUAUGUUCAGCUCACAAGAAGUACUGGUUGGAUACUUAUGUAUUAGUUCAGUAUGCAUUCACAAUUAAUUCAGAUUUAGAGUGCCCCUAUUUUAACACUUCAAAAAAUGAUAAAAGCGCAUGAUUGGAUAUCAGACACGGUAGUUACAGUAAUAAAAUAUUUUCAAGUGUCCAAAAUAACACAGUUUUCAAGAUUCCCAACAAAGUUUAUAAAAUUAGAAUCAAGAGUAAGUGAGAAAGGAGAAAAUAGUCUAAAGUAUAUUUUCAAAGCAAUUUUUUAGUUUGCUUUUCUAGUAGGUUUGAAAAUAUAAUAUUAGAAAUUGGGUUGUAUAGUUUAUAACUUUUAAUUCAUAAAGAAAUAAUCAUAUUUGAGAAGAUUAGUCAGUAUCUUAGAUCAUGUCAUAUAUUGCAGAUAAUGCCAGUUUCUUGUGUAUGUGGUGUGUUUUGAUGACCUCCAAAAGCCUUAUUGUAUUAAUCUUUUAUGAUGACUCCUUGAUUAUUCUUAUACUUAUCUCUCAACUACUUGUUCAUUAUAAAAAUGUGCUAAUUCAUGGGAGAAAAAUGCCAAUUAUAAUUCUAUUAAAAAUUGAGAAUAUUGUAUUUGUGAAUAAAAGUUUGAAAUGUUUCACCGCAGUAAUAUUAUCAAUUCUGUAAUAAGAGAUUUUAGAGAAGUUGUAGGCUAUUUUUAUGAUGGAAAAUGUAGGUAGUUUAGAGAUGCAAAAUUUAAAUAUUUACAUCAAUUUAUAUUGAAUGUCCAAAUUUCAUAAAAGGAAAGGUAGUUUGAUAUUUAAACUAGGUUCUAAGGAGACAGAUUCUGAAAGGAAACUAAUUGACUUUGUGCUCAGUAGACUUAGUGUAAUGCUGACUAUUCUUAAGAAUUGAUACUUUCCCUACAUAUCAAAUUAUUGGACUUUUAAAAUGUCAUUGUAUAGUCAUUCAACUGAGUUCUUUUUUUAAAACAGGGUUUAGCAUUGCUCAUUUACACUGUCAUUGUUAUAAUAUUUAAUUACAUGUGGAUGCAUGCUUUACAUGAGAAAAUGUUUUUAAAAGUUAUUUAUACUAUAUCAAAAAUCAUCUUAAGAGUCUCUAGAAUAUGUAGCAUAUUUAAAGUAAUUACAGGACCAAAGAAAAAGCACCUUUAUCAAAAUCUGGUCCUAUGUGCCUUGCUUUACCAAAAUACCUGACUUUUCCUGGAGGAUAUUACUGUAAUUCACAACUUAGGACACAUGGGCAAAAUUAGGAUGUUUUUAAGAAUAACUAUAAUUCAAUUUUUUGGUUGUUUCAACAUUGCUCUUUAAAUUCAUUAUCUAACAGAAUAUUAAAGUAGGUAUAUUACACAGGCAUUAGUGAAUAGUACUUAUUUAAAUAAAUAAUGUCACCAUUGCUCCAUCAUUGAGCUUUUGAAACGUUAACAAUUGUAUGUAACUCUCAGUUUUUUGUUUUAUUUCUUAUUACACAAGAUAUAA